GUGUGUGUGUGUGUGUGUGUUUUCUACCUUUAACACUUUAUAUGUGUGAACAGUUUUUUUUAAUGGUCUGUGAAGUUUCUCCUCCUCCGACAAACAACAGAAGCUGAAUUCAUCCAGUUUUCAUUUCGCUUCAGGCUGAUGAAAACGAGGUUUGGACUGAUGCUGGUGAAACACGACGCCAAUAACAAUGUGUUCACUGAGUGGAAAUAACAAUAUGGAUCCAAACAUCAUCAGUGUGUGUGAACUCAGAGUUUAUAUUUCAGUCAGUUCGAUCAUCUUCAGUUGUUUAUUGUGUUGUUUAAUUGGUUGAUCUGAGCUCGUUGCUGAUUCAUGAUGUUGCUGCAGUUUAUUUUUCCUUCCUCUCAGACUCAGAUUGAUCGAUUUCCUCGCUGUUUAUUCACUGACGCUUACUGAUAAUUGUAGAGAAAGUCAGUGCUCUGCAGCUUUGUUUAACUCUGCUGAUAUUUUCUCCUCCUGCAGAUAAAUGUCUGCUUCUAACAAGAACAGUGUUUGUAUCAGUCUGAUUCCUCUGUGCUGUAGAGCUGCAUUCGUUUCCGACGUUGGUCACCUCCAUGUUUGACCAGACUGGAUCGAUUUUCCCAGAAAAACAUAGAGAUGAUGUUUUAAGAAACGAACAUCUCAUGUUUUAAAGUACAUUUUAAUCCAUUUACACGUAAUAUAUGUCAACAGCUUUAAAAGAAAGCAGAAAUACCUGCAGAAAGAGACAGAAGAGGAGAGAGAGACGGGAGAGCACAAUACUACAGGAAAGAGGAGAUACUGAGUUAGUAACAUGUAACAUGGGAUAUGAAUCCAUACUGAUGGAGAGAGAGAGAGAGAGAGAGAGAGAGAGAGAGAGAGAAAGAGAGAAGCUCAGUGCAUCAUGGGAGAUCUCCCAGCAGUCUAGGCCUAUAGCAGCAUAACUAAGGGAUGGUUCAAGCCUGAGCCAACCCUAACUAUAAGCUUUAUCAAAGAGGAAAGUUUGAAGCCGACUCUUAAAGGUACAGAGGGUGUUUCUGUAUUUACUCUGUUUAUUCUCUGUGAUAAAUGAAAUGUAAAACAUUCUGAUAUGAAAUAAUAUCAGUGAACAGCUGCUGUUGCUGUUGAACCUCUAAAAACAACAUGGCUGCGUCACCUGUAGUCGUCGCUCGUCUCUUUGCUGCUCCACCUCCUGACACUGUCUCCAGAAACCAUCACUGCUGCAGUGACGUGUCCACACACACCGUCCUGCUGCCACAAACAGGUGGAUUAAUCCGCCGCUGAAAACAGUCCCCAACUGAUUCUCUGUUUCCUCCUGACUGAACCUUCACUGAGUUUAAAACCUGUUUUAAAGCUGACCAGCAGACUCGGAGCUCGGAGCCGGUCUUAACUCUGUCCUCUCUCCCUGACGCUGAUGCAGCAGGUACCAGAGGCUGCAGAGAUGAAGACGAUCCCCCAGAGACAGAAGGCACGUCUGUCCGUCUGUCCUCACAUCCAUCCAUCCUCCACUGCCUCAUUCAUUCAUCUGUUCAUGUCCAUCAAAACACCACACAUCAGUUCUCUAAUGUCAUCAAUUGACUGAUGACGACAGGUUGAAGUGACAGUGUUCAUAUGUUUAAAUGUGUGUGUCGCAUCAACAAUAAAACUCAUGCAGUGUGUUCCUCAUCAUCUCUUUAUUCACCUGUGUGUGUGUGUGUGUGUGUGUGUGUGUGUGUGUGUGUGUUCAUGUAUUGUGUGUAACUACUGUCUUUGUGUUUCAGGACGACUACAUUCCUUACCCGAGGAUCGAGGAGGUGAGACUCAGCAUCAGCACCCUGGAAAACCCAGAGCUUAUGGAGCUAUCAGCUGCAACCACCUGUGUGUGUGUGUGUGUGUGUGUGUGUUGCAGGUGUUGGAGAGGGGGGGGCCGUACCCUCAGGUCAUCCUGCCUGAGUUCGGAGGUUACUGGAUCGAGGAUCCAGAGGCUUCUCCUCCUCCUCCUCCUCCUCCUCCUCCCACCUCUCUGGAGAGCCGGGGGGAGGAGGGGGGAGGUUUGGAAGGAAUAGAGGAGGAGGACACACCUGCAGGGGAUUAUGGGUACCGUCUGGAGGAGAUCAACGAGGCUGCGCGGGCGUACAGGAAGCACUUCCUGGGCAGGGAGCAUCUCAACUUCUCGUGUUCAGCCAGCAGUGUGGGAAACCUGCUGCUGUCUGUGAGGCACGAGGAGGAGAAGGAGCAGGAGCACCUCCAUGUUAUCGUCAGGUCUCGGGUGAAGAGCGUCUAUCACAGACUGUCGCUGACGGAGCUGCCGGACAUCCCCAGCGUACCAGAGCUGGCCAAGCUGCUGUGUGACGAAGCAGCAGGUCUGCGGUUCAGUCCCGUCCUCUACCCGAAGGCGUCUCAGCUGAUCGUCAACUACGACGAGCACGAGGUCAACAACACCUUCAAGUUCGGAGUCAUUUACCAGAGGUUUGGACAGGUGUCUGAGGAGGAGCUGUUCAGGAACAACGAGGAGACGCCGGCCUUCACGGAGUUCCUGCAGCUGCUGGGAGACACGGUGGAGCUGCAGGACUUUAAAGGGUUUCGGGGGGGUCUGGAUGUGUCCCACGGUCAGACGGGGUCUCAGUCCGUCUACACCGUCCACAGGCAGCAGGAGAUCAUGUUCCACGUCUCCACCAAACUGCCUUUCACCGAGGGAGAUGCUCAGCAGCUUCAGAGGAAACGUCACAUAGGAAAUGACAUCGUGGCGGUGGUGUUUCAAGAAGAGGCCACGCCCUUUGUCCCCGACAUGAUCGCAUCCAACUUCCUCCACGCCUUCAUCCUAGUGCAGGUGGAGGAGCCCUGCUCUGACAGCACCACCUACAAGGUGUCCGUCACCGCACGAGAAGACGUGCCUCAGUUUGGCCCGCCCCUCCCAAAUCCAGCCGUCUUUAAGAAGGGUCCAGAGUUCAGAGAGUUUCUUCUCACUAAGCUCAUCAACGCAGAGCUGGCCUGCUACAAGAGCGACCGCUUCGCCCGACUGGAGGAGCGGACCCGGGCCGCCCUGCUGGACAGCCUCCAUGAUGAACUGCAGAGACGCUCCCAGAGCAUGCUGGGAUUGACAUCAGGUCUAGAGGAGGAGGGUCGAGCUGAGAACGGACACGCCCACGGAGGACUCCUGGAGUCCAUCAAGAGGGCGAUGAGAGGACGCAGCGUCUCCAUGGAGACCAUGUCGCGAGGCGGGGCGGGUCUGCCCACCAGUCUGAGUGGGGGGGGUCUGGCACACAUCAGUGCCGAGUGCAUCGUGAAAUCUCCUGUGAAGAGGAGAUCAGGACUUUUCCCUCGUCUGCUGAGCGUCGACAGCCAAACAGAGAAACACAACCAGAGAAGUCUCCUCAGUGAGCAGAGGAGCUUCGACAGCUGCCAGCCGACACUGGAGGUGAAGUCAGAGCUGCCGUCCAAUCCCAGCUCUCCAGAGGCAGGACAACGGGACAGGAUUCACAUGAGGAAGGAGAGCAGUAAGAUUUCCAGAUCAACAUCCAGCACCUGCAGCUUCAGCAUCCCUGCUGACGACACACACCUGCUGGCUCAGGCUGCAGCGGUGGAGGGUCAAAGUUCAAGUCCGCUCCUGGUCUGUCGCAGCCCCACAGAGCUGAAAAAUAAAAACUCUCCCAGAUCCAACCUCAAGUUUCGUUUUGACAAGCUGAGCCACUCUGCUGCAGUAAGUCUGUUUGUGUUUGUGUUGUCAGCAGGAUGGACACCACCUCCUCUGGGCUGUGUGUCUCUGUGUUACAGCUCCACUGAAUACAUUAGAAAGAUCAGUUUUUACAUCCUCUGUCCAUUUUACUGGACGUUAACUGGACACAGACGAUGGACAGAGUCAGAGACAGGAAGAGGCCGAGCCGACACAGGAGCUGCUUUAAAGAGCUGUGAGCUUCUCAGAGAGACUGAUGAACAGCUGUGAUGUUUUCUGACUCUAACACUUGUCUCUGUGCUCAGCAGGGACAUUAGACUGUGAGGACAGCAGUGGGAGGUACGUACACUGUCAUGUUGGUGUUUGUAUGAGCUGACUGAUGAAUGCUCUUUAUUUCACUCUGAAACAUCAUGACUCUGUGACGCCUGAAGAGACAGAAGGACGCAGUCAAAAGUCUUUACUCCAAAUUCUGACCUGACUUUAAUGAGAUUUCCUGAGUCUGUUGAUCAUAAAUGUGACGGUGACCUUCUCUACUCUGACGUCCUGAGGUGAAACUGGUUCAGACCAGGUGACAGUUCAAUGACAACAUGUGAAUCUGAAGAAGAAGCUUCUGCUGUUUGUUGGAGUUUGAGCUUUGAUUGAGUUUUUAAUCUCUUUAUUUUCUCUGCAGUUUCAAAAGAAGAACAAGAAGGAGGUUCAGACAGACAUCAGCCUCCAGGAGGAGGAGGAGGAGGAGGAGGAGGAGGAGGAGGAGGAGGACUGUAAUCUGAAAACACACAAACACUCUCUGAGGAUAAAAAGGUGAUCUGAGUCUUUCAGUAUUGAUUAUCUGCUGAUACAGAGUCUGAUCAGAGACUUAUAUCGACCUGAUCAUUAAAUCUGUAUCUGACAUGUUGGAAUGAAAUGAUCGAUCUGAGAUGAAUUAAAGUUGAACUGGAGAACGGAUUCGACGUGAAGUGAUCCUCAGACACUCAAACCCACAACAGACGAGUCACUGACUGAUCCUGAUCCGUUAAAAUCCUCCCAGAUCAGCCAAACACCAGAGUUCUGCUUUAACGGUGGUUUGAUGCAGAAACCCACAGAAACUGCUGAACAGGACAUGAAGCAGUAAAAUAACACAAAGCUGUGUGGAUCUUCCUCUGUGGAUGUUCUACAUAUAUACAGUAUAUAUACACGUGAACAGACUGAACCAGGGCACUGACUGAAUACUAACUGAACUCUGUCUUUACUGCACUGAAAGCACAAACUGUUCCUCCUCUUCUGGCUCUGAUUUCAGGUGUAAAUCUCUUUUUUCUGUGUCUUUAGAGUUUUUGCAGAACAGAGAUAAUAACUGUUUUAUUUUGAAAGGGGACGGUGAGAGGGAAGAUGUAGCAUUAAAACAAAGAUGUCUGUGUGUGUUUAUAUUUCAUGAUGAAAAUCUGAUGUUAUAAAGUUUCUGCAGGAUGAGUUUCACUGA